UUGGCAGCUGGUGGUGGCAGAUGUCAAACUGUAAAGAAAAAGUCGGCUUUCUUUUCGAUUUUCGGCGGAAAAUGUUGUAAACUUACUUUACAAUUUGCAAAGUACUUUUUUCGUAGAGAGAAACAUCUCAAAUUAAAGCCAACAUGGAUGACCAAGCCUGUCCACGUUGUAAAACAACGAAAUACAGAAAUCCAUCUCUGAAGUUGAUGGUAAACGUAUGUGGCCAUGCUUUGUGCGAAAGUUGUGUUGAUUUGUUGUUUUUAAAAGGCUCAGGAUCUUGUCCAGACUGCAACGUACCAUUACGGCGAAGUAAUUUCAGAGUCCAACUAUUCGAAGAUCCCAUGGUAGAAAAAGAAAUUGACAUCAGGAAAAGGGUUUUGAAAGACUAUAACAAAAAGGAAGAAGAUUUCGCCACAUUACGUGAAUAUAAUGACUACUUAGAAGAAAUAGAAACUAUUGUCUAUAAUUUAACUAAUAAUAUAGAUAUUGUCGGCACUAAUAAACGGAUAGAACAGUACAAAAAGGACAAUAAAGAUAUUAUAAUGAAGAACAAAGUUAAAAUUGGCAGAGAAGAAGUAGAAUUAGAAGAGAUUUUAGAAAUAGAGAAGCAGAUGGAAGAGCUUCGUAGAGCUGAAAUAACACGUUUAGAACAGGAAGCAAAGAAACAGAAGAUUAGAGAGAAGGAAGCGUUGAUUGAUGAGUUGAUGUUUGCGGAGGGUGAUGCCAAAGACAUAUUGAAUACGUUUGCGCAGAAUAAAGCUAGUAAACAAGAGGAGUUGGUUCCUGUGGUGCCUAAGGUAACACAAUUCUCGACGGGUGUGAAAUUCACACGAGUGUCGACGCAACCUACGUUACCACUCAUAGAAGAGGGCCCGUUGUAUAAGUAUGAACCGUUGGCCGUGCCGGACAGAUGUGGGCCUGAUCCACCUUCCAUUGAAGAUAUUGUGGCUUGUGGAUAUUUGAAGCAUGUCAGAGCCGAAACUGAAACGGAGAAGGCCGGUGGCUACAAAUCAACAUUGCCGUGUCUACGCGCCUUACAAGACGCGUUGACCGGCCUGUAUCACGCGAGCUGACCUGACGCGAUCAACGCCGAUACUGUUAUAGUACUAGAUUGAGUCAAUAGAUGGCGGUAGUGUGCCAAAGGGUCUCUAAGGGUGAUGUUGAUGGUUUUUUAAAUGUUUACUGUUAUUUUCUUUUGUUUUAUUGUUGUCCUAAGUACUAUUUGUGUAUAUUUGUUCCAUGCAGAAAUCGAUACGAUGCAUUUGUUUUGGUAGCUGCCAUUAUUUAUCGUAUGUUCAACGUUAAGUUAUCUCUGUUUCUUUAUGUUAAAAUAAUAUAAGACGAACAUUGAUAUCCUUCAAUCGCAUUUAGGAGAUAUCUAGUUAUGUUGAACAUACUGUAUUUGUAUCUAGCUAGUUACUUUUCGGAUUAGGAUUGUUAAGACUCGAACUGGCAAAGAGUUCGUGUUAAUUUUUGCAAUAUGGGGCAUGAAUGAGAUGUUAUGUUAUUUGUUUUUUGUGAAUAUUCAACAGUGCUCACACCAUCAGACCUAAAGCUACACUAGCGCCGUUACUCUACUAGUGGGUGUUAGAGGAACUUGUAUGAUUGUUAACAACAGCUUUUAACAAAACAGUAUUGCGUUGAAAAAAUAAUAAUUUGGAAAAGGAAUGAGAAACUUGGAGUUUAAAUGGAAAUAUUAACAGCUUUUCAAAUCUCUUUAAACUUAACUUUAAAAGAACCUUAAGUCAGGAGCUAUUGGAUCUAUUUUACGUUGACGUUUGUAGAGUCAAAGAUGUAGUGAUAAGAUAUUACUGGAGAUUUGAAUAUUUGAAUUGAAGAGGAAAUAUGCUUACUCCACACAACGCCACGUAAAUUGAGAUUUUCGGUGUUCGAACCAUGAAAUUAAAUGACAUAUCUAGUAAGAAGUCAGUGUUAAGGCGGCUCUACAUAAUAUAUUGGGCCAACACACUGGGCCAAUGUGCAGAGACCUACUUGGCGCCAUGUCGGCCAAUGCUCGCGCCAAUAUUGGCUGGCCAACCGAAUGUUGUCGGUUUUCCGUUCGCAUAUCAAAGGAUCUUGACGCGCUCCACAAAUGGCAUUCACACAUUGGCGUCUCAUUCAGUUAGAUAUCAUUCAUCAGUAAAGACGGUAAUGUCGCGCCGUCGUACAUGAAUUAUUGUUCCUGAAUUACAAUGGCGUGAACGAACACUGAGAUUAUUCAUUUUAUUGAAAUGUACAGAAAAUAAAUUUCGUCACCAUUAUCAUCAUUAUCAACAGCCUAUAAGUAGCUA